AUGGAUUCCCAUUUCUCCGAAAACCGCCGCCCCAACACCGAAGACCGCCUCUCCAACAUUGAAGACCACCUCUCUGACGUCGAAAACAACCUUUCCGACGUCGAAAACAACCUAUCUAACGUUGAAAAUAACCUCUCUGACGUUGAAAACCGCCUUUCCGACGUCGAAGGCCCCAUCACCACCAUUCAAGCCCACCUCGAAGACCGGCCCAAUCCCGUCCAGGGCGGGCUCACGGGCGUCGAGGAUAACUUGCACGUACUCGCUUCGGCGGGCGGGCCCUCCAGUCUCUCAUCAAUAUUUUUCAGAGUUUUCUCUUUCCUCUUCCAGCGUGUGCAUGUUGGCAACGAUCAUGCCCGUUCUACGUCGUCCACAGCUCCCGCACCUGUCCCGUUCGCCACACCCCGUAUGCUUUGGGUCCCCUUCCUCUCUCUCUUCCCUUUGCCUCCCCCGUUCCACGUCGCUAGUACGGAGCGCUCGCGCGCAACGCUCCCCAUCCGAUGA